AUGACAGACUACCUCUCCAAACUGCCAGCGGAAUUGCUGUUGUGCAUUCUAGCAAAACUGCCUGAUCUCAAAGCGUUGUAUGUAGUAAUCCUCUCAUCACCAGAUGUAUACGCUGUGUUUUGCUUGAAUUCACAGCUCAUCUUCAACACAAUCGUUGGACGCAGUAUGCCAAAGGAGACGCUCAAACCAAUGCUCACGUACAUGCGCUUACUCCGCGAAUGCUAUCACGGGAAAAAUUGUAUGCGAGAGUGUACAUGGCAGCAACUGCAAGCAGCAGCAUCUGCAACUAGCGAUACCCAGUCACUGUUGGAUGAUAUGCCUAGACCCGUUGUAUGGCAUACCAUUGCACAAGCGAUGCGAAACCACAAUCUGGCAUACUCUAUCCUCCGAACCAAGCUGGACUACCUAGGCACUCUGCGAUUUGAGAAAUUGGCAGACCCUCGAUAUAGAUAUCGACCUGUGGAGCGUCUGCCACAUCCUGUUCCUCCCGGAGAAGUGAUGCAGGUUUCUAUUCCACUACAGGACCCCAGCUGGAUUGAAGAGAAUCGCGUAGUCUCUAUACUAUGGUUUCUGGCUGCCGGAUGGCGCACAUCCAGCUUGUGCACUUACAUCCCAGAUGAUGUGUUGGCAGAAGGACUUGAGAAGAUACAGAAGGAAUUCUUGGGUUCUGCACUCAGUCCGGAUGAUAACGAAGAUCUGGUUACCGAGAUCGAGCAGAGUGUAGCUUGGAGUCCUACGUUGAAAAGUAAGGAAGUACUCGAUGACGAAGCAGAUGAGCGGUUUGAGUUUGACGCACUUCAUACUUAUCUCAUUUCGCUGCCCACUCACGCACCAGUUGAGUCUAUCACAAACGAGUCUACUGCUUCGCCCUUGUUUGCGCGAUCUAUACCCAUAGCCCCAGAAGUCACUCUCGAGACAAGAUCAUGGCAUCAAACCCCCGAAUGUCUAGAAGACAGUAACCCCAACGCACGCUUCCUCAAAACAUUAAGACGGUAUCCAGGACCAGGCAAUGCACUCCAAGGCACAAACCACUACGAACUCGAGCGCCUGGGGUUCAGCAUUUGGGAUACCUGGCGUGUGAGUUCUGAGCUACAUAUCCUAAUGCCGCCGAGAAUGUUUCGUCCACCACGUGAGACUGGAGUUAAUAGGUUUAUGAUCGGAGAUCCUGGAUAUAUAAGUCGAGAUGAUAUGACUUUUCGGUGGUUUAAACUUCAUGAGCAGGAGGUUUUGCUUGAGCAGCAGGGUUGGCAUAGAUGA